AUGUCGUCCAGCACCCAAGUCGAGACAUCGCCGCUGCCCUGGAGCCCAACCGUUGCCAAAGGCCCGCUCUCCGAGCGCGAGAAGGGCAACCAGACAGAGACUACACUGCUUUCAAACAUGGGCGACUCGCACAAAUUGCCGUCUAACGCGCAGCUUAUGGACGUGAGCAUCGAUGAUGCCGGCAACUAUGUGCACACACUAGCGAUCAAGCAAGAGCAGGCGCAGCAUAACCUGGUGAUGACGCACGGCAGCGCGGACGGCUGGAACGUGUAUUCGAUCGACUGGCUGGGCAUGGGGCGGAGCUCACGGCCAAAGUUUGGCGUGUCGCAUACGCUGCCUGAGGAGCAGCGGGUGGGCGACACAGAAAAAUUCUUUGUCGAGUCCUUGGAGACGUGGCGGCAGAAGAUGGGGAUCGAGAAGAUGCUCUUGCUGGGACACAGCUUCGGCGGCUACAUGUCGGCGCUGUACGCGAUGAAGUACCCGGAGCACGUGGAAAGGCUGGUGCUUGUCUCGCCGAUUGGCCUGCCGGAGCCGCCCGCGGACUUGGCCGAGCGCCUGAAGAACGGGACGGUUCGGCAGCCCAAGAAGCCCGAGGACGACGAUAAGGCAGUGGAUGCCAAGCCCAGCUUCAAGCGCAACGUCAUGUUUGGCAUGGCCAUGUCGCUCUGGGAGCGCAACUACACGCCGCAGUGGCUGGUGCGCAUGGCGGGCCCGUAUGGUCCGCAGACUGAUAAACUUUUACGUGAGCGCGCCGAUCUUGCGGCGUACGCAUACCAGAUCUCGGUCCUGCCCGGCAGCUCCGAGUACGCGCUGGGCAAUAUUCUGAGGCCCGGGGCGUUUGCGCGGCGGCCGCUGGUGAGCCGGAUGCAGGGCCUGAAGGUGCCGACGACGUUCAUGUACGGGCAGAAUGACUGGAUCCCAGCGAAGACGCAGCUGUUCACAGUCAGGAAUUGCGGACACAAUAUCCAUUUGGAGAACCCGCAAGGGUUCAAUGAGGUUGUCUUGCGUGAAAUGGCCGAGCUGAGCUGGGGAGCCAACAAAUCGCCAGAUCUCAGCAUCCCAAAGUCCACCCCGCGCAUCUUCUGA